AUGCAGCAGCAGCGGGGGGCCGCCAGGCUCUUGUCGCGGCUCGCCGGCGCGCCUCGCGGCGCUUUCCAAGUUCCCCGCAGCUCCGCUAGCGGACUUUCAGUUCUUUCUUUUGCAGAAAAAGAAAGAACUGAAAGUCCGUUGUGGCUGCGCGGCGGCUGCGCGGGCGCGCGGGGUGUACGUACACCCCGCGCCGCGGGCUGCGCGCGCGCCGCCGCCGCGGCUUUCCGCCGCUUUUCCUCCGAAUCCGGCCCGAUCUCCCCGCCCGCUGCUUCUCUUUCAUUGAAUUCCGAUUAUUCGUCCGCGGAAUCCUCGAAAAAGCCCGCGGAAUGGGGGCGAACCGGCGCGGCGGCGGCGGGCGCGGGCGCGGCGGCGGCGGCGGCGGCGGCGGCCGGAAAGCAGGACUUAGUGCGGACUUCGCGGGUUUUUAAAAAGCGACUGCCGCCCAACUUCGUCUCCGAAACUUUUAUUCCGCAUUUGGAAGACCAGAUCGUCCACAUGGCGCCUUCUUUCUCCGUCGUUCAACUCGGCGAGGUGGGCGCGGCCUACGGCCGGCUGCCGCCGGCGCUGCGCGAAAAAGAAGUCGAAAGGGAGCUUUUGAAGCACUUGCGGUUGAACUUGCGGAGUGUACAUACACCUGAGGAGGUCUUGGCGGCGGCGUCGCUCAUGGAGCUCUUCUUCGCCGGCGACGCUGCUGCUGCUGCGGACGCGCAGCAGCAGCAGCAGCAGCAGCAGCAGCGGCGCGGCUGGCUGCCCGCGCUGCGGCGGCGCAGCAGCGGCGUCGAGCCGGACUUGUUUCUGCUGCUGCAGCAGCAGCUGCAGCAGCAAAAGGGGCUGCUGCUGCGGCUGUCUGUGCUGAACUUGUUUUCCCUCAUCCGCUGCUACUCCAAAGCCCUUGCUGCUCCUGCUGCUUUCUCGCUGCAGCAGCAGCAGCAGCUGCAGCAGUUCCUCCAAACCCUCCGCCAAAGGGCCGACUUGCUGCUGCACUGCCACCACCCCCACGAGCUCGUGGCCAUUGUUGCUUCCAUCGCCACCUACGGCGCUGCUGCUCUCCCGCAGCAGCAGCAGCAGCAGCAGCAGCCGCAGCAGCAGCAGCAGCAGCAGCAGCAGCAGCAGCAGGGGGGCAGCAGCAGCAUGGCGGCGCUGGUGUCUCGGAACCCGCACAUGGCGGUGCUGCCUUUGGUGCUGCAGCAGGUGGACAUACACCUGAAGUUGAACAACUUUUCUUUUUUCCAAAUCUUCCAGCUGCUGCAUUUGCUGCAGAAGUGCAGCAUAAAGCACGAGUUGCUGCUGCAGGAGUGCAUUUGCUUCUUGCGCAGCGGCAGCUACUCGCCGAAGCAGCAGCAGCAGCAGCAGCAGCUGCGCCGCCACCUGCAGCAGCAGCAGCAGCUCCUCCAGCAGCAGCAGCAGCAGCUCCUCCAGCAGCAGCACGGCCACGAACGCGCGCAGCAGCAGCAACAAGAACAGCACCACCAGCUGCAGCAGGACGAGCAGCAGCAAGACCACCAGCAGCAGCAGCAGCAGCAGCAGCAGCAGCAGCAGCAGCAGCAGCAGCAGCAGCAGCAGCAGGAGGAUUCCUUAAAGGUCGACACUGCCAAAUUGGCCCAAAUGAGUCCUGCAGAAGUUUCGGAGUUCUUCAAGGCGCUGGGCCAGCGCAUCCGCAGCAAAGGGCUGCUGCAGCAGCAGCCGCAGCAGCAGCAGCAGCAGCAGCAGCAGCCGCAGCAGCAGCAGCAGCAGCAGCAGCAGCAGCAGCAGCAGCAGCGCAGCGUUGCUGAGGGCCUCCCGCCCUCGCUGCUGGUCAAAAUCGCCUGGUGUUUAAAUCAGCUGGGGGAGUUCGAGAGAGUGGAGCAUAUUUUAGAAAAGCCAAUUUUGAGGGCUGCGGCGAAAUUCGGGGCCGUAGACUUCGCCCGACUCGUGCAAACCCUUCCUCCAGGGGCCCCCGUACUGGACCUGAUCUGCAGCAGACUGGCAGCAACAAUUCCGCAAAUGCGUCUUUUCGAUUUUUUGUUUUUUGUGGUUGGGGCGGCGAAGUUGGGGUGUCUGUACACCCCGGAGCUGCGGAAGACAGCAGCAGCAGCAGCAGCAGCAGCAGCAGCAACAGCUGGGAACGCGCUGCUGCUGCGGCCAGCAGCAGCAGCAGCAGCAGCAGCAGCAGCAGACACGAGAACUCUUGUGGAGAAUUACUUUUUGGAAAAGAAAGAAGAAAUAACUCUUUCUCAAGUGGGGCAUUUGGAAAAGGUUUUCAAACAAAUUGCGCCUUCGCAGCAGCACGCGCAGGACUUGCUGCUGCUGCUGCCUCCAGACCUGCUGCAGCAGCUGCAGCAGCAGCAGCAGCAGCACCAAAGGCACCGCCGCCACCGCCAGCAGCAGCAAACAGACACUCCUGCUGCGCCCCCAGGCGAAGCUGCGUGA